AUGUGGCGCGUAAACGAGCACGGUCGACUUUAUGCUCAAGGAAAACCUUUAUCUCAUGACUUGAGAUUGUUGAUUAUCAAUAAAAUCAUUAAUAAUGGGGGUAAUCGUGCAACAGGCAUUUUCCAUGGAAAAUACACUGAUAUUGCUCGGCAGUUAGGGGUAUCUUCAGCUGUUGUAUCUAAUAUUUGGAAGCGCUACUGCGAAGAUGGUAGCAUUAGUCCGAAGAAAAAUACAGGUGGCAACCCAAGCCACCUUUCUCAAGGGGACCUACAAUACGUUGAAUUUCUGAAACAGCAGAAACCUACAAUUACAUACGAUGAAAUCAUGCAACAAUUGCACGAAUUUGGCGAUUUGCCGUACGGUACAACUUCAACGACAGCAUUGUCCGAGGCAGUUCGACAUCGGCUGCCUAGUG